ACCAGCCUUAUCAGAAUUUGCAGUAGAUGAUUAUGUUUUUGAAGACAAGGUGAUUCAAAGAAUGGAGUUAUUGGUGUUGAGUACUUUGGAAUGGAAGAUGAGUUCAGUCACUCCUUUUGCUUAUUUGCAUUUCUUUAUUCUCAAGUUCUGUGGUGAAGAAGCUAGACUAAAAGAACUGGUGUCUAAAGCUGUGGAACUUAUCCUGGCUAUUCCAAAGGAGAUUAAUCUUAUGAAUCAUCGGCCAUCGGCUAUUGCUGCCGCUGCAGUUCUUGCUGCAUCUUCCAGGAAAUUAACAACAAAAGAAAUGAAGGUCAAGAUGGAAGUGAUCUCAUCGUGGGUAUCUCUAGAAAAUGAACGUGUGUUCUCCUGUUAUAAUCUAAUGCAGGAAAUAGAGAUGGGGGAGUACAAGACACCUAAAGUUUUCUCCCCAAAGUUGUCAACACUACACUGUAGCUCAACUGAUGUUCUUGAGAGUUCUUGUUUAGCAUCUGGAGCCGGGUCUAAGAGGCGGCUCACAUUCAGUGAGUUGGAUCAAAACAGCCCGGUAAAGAAAAUCUGUCGGACGUUGGACUGAUUGGAGUUUGAUGUUUCCCUCUAAGGAAAUAUUUGGUGUGUGGGUUUAUUGACUUGGUUACAUAGCAGCCAGCUUUUUUCACAGGGAAAGGAAUUUAAUCCUUUGUUAUUAGAUUUGAUUAUAGGUGUUAAAUGGAUUUUAUCUACCAUGUCAUGGUAUAGUUUGGAGUUGGUGAUUGAGGUUCCAUUUUCCAAUACCAAACAAAAAUUUUCAGCCCGGUGACAACCAAGAAGACAAGGAUGAAAAGGGAAAGUAAAUAAAUAAACAGAAGAAGUGAUAGCUUUAGCCAAAAGAGUAUGAUGAUCAUAUGAGAGAAAGAGAAAAAGAAAGAGACUUAGUGAAGUCUAAAAGCCAUUAAGGAGGGAAGAAGAGAGGCGAAGAGAUUGCUUGCCAGAAAGCCAUUGAAGACUGUUUGUUUAUAGUCAAUUCUUUGUAGUGUUUGCUUUCAUGAAUGCACCACCUACUAUAUUGCUCACCCACUCUUCCAAUCUGUUGUAUUUCUUUUUCCCUUUGAUUUUUUUUUUUGGGGUUUUUUCUUUUUUAAUUUUUUCAUGUCGUGACAGAGAAUAUAUAUUUAUGUAUACAUCAGUUGAAGCCCUACCUUUUGAUGUGGUGGGGGGUAGUGAGAUGCUUCCCUGUGUCUUUCAAAAGGCUGAAAGCAUUGAGGAAUGAAAAACUGUUUUGUUUGAUUUUGGUA